UUUCAAUUGCAUAGAAGUGAAGCUGAUACCAGCGAAGACGAAAAAUCCGACGAUAAAUUAUUAACUACUAGUCCAGGUACAGAUGCCUAGUGCUGUGAGUAACUUAACAUUACACGUUUACAUGCAUGCUGUGAUUUUUCGUGUACGAUUUUUACGUAUUCUAGCGUUUGUAGUCGAAUAAGCACGCGUAUAAAGAAGUGGUUGCAUUUCAAAUUUCACCAUAAUCUGAAUGAAGAGGAAUUGUGACUUCAGCAGCAAAUUUCAUACGCCAGAAUGAAAGUUUUUAAAAAGUCCUUGAAUUUCACCUUCACCAAAGGGUGGACGUGCUGUUAUUUUAUGAAACAAGUUCCAACAAGAAAAUAUUUCUUUAAAAAAGAAAUAAUGUUUCGUUCCAAUAUAAUUGUAGAAAUACCAGACGUCUGUAAUUAGCGGUUGUGACCAUAGAUCACUUGUAUAUGUCGAGCAAUGAAAUUGGUUCAUAUAUUUUGUGAGGUGGGCGGGUUCUAUAAAUUUUCAUUACCCGGAGGGGCCGAGCGGUCCAGAAAUACAGUUGUAGUAUUUAAAAUGAAGAAAAACAAAGAAAACUAUAUAAUAAAUAUAUACCGCUGUUGAAAUACAGUUGUAGUAUUCAAAAUGAAGAAAAACAAAGAAAACUAUAUAAUAAAUAUAUUGGCGCUUGAAUACUUCAAAUAUAAAUCAUCGUGCCUGUAGAUUUUGACCUGAAGUUCAGGCCCUAGAUUUUGAUUGGUUGCAAGUUCACAUAAACAACAGUUUUAAAAAUAGCUCGGUGAAGGGCUCAAGGGGACAAUAAUAAUAUAAAGGUCAAAUGCACGUAACAAAUCCAUUAUCGAUUUCUUCGAAUUUCUUUUCUUUUAUGCUUUAUGGCAGAAAAUAAAUCGAACAAAUAGUAUUUUGAAGGUCUUUAUCAAAAUCUUUGACGAAUUUUGGACACACGACGCCGAAAGAACAGCCAAACUAGUCAUCUAUUCGAAAGUUUGUUGUUGACAGCCAAGAUGUUCUGCCAACUGGCUUCGCCGGCAAAAGUCUUAUUUUUAAUAUCAGGUCCUGCCGGCGUUGUUUUCUGAGCUACAUCGCCUUCUUCGUGGUACGAUUGAGAAUUUUAUUGUUGUUGUUGUUAGCCCGUUAAAGUAUAUCCUUGGUAUAUAUCCGCGUCCAGCAAGUUGAGACCUUGAGAAAGCUUGGCAGUCAAGCUGUACACAGAACUGAAUAAUUGAAUCUUCGUUUGCUGUUCGGUUAAAUAGAGAAACUGACUCUUAAUUAUAUAAAAGUACCUUGAAUUUUUAAGUUUAAUUAAAAAGCAAAAUGCACACUCUGCGGACAUGUUCAUGAGAAUAUAAUUUUUUUGUGUAACGAAAUCUAUAACACUUGUCAAUCAUAUUGCAUGCUGUGUCUAAAAAUAACAUGUGAGCGUCCCACGGUCUAGACAGGUUUUGUAUCAGGCCCUAUUUAAAAUUAGGCCUGAACUUCAGGUUAAGUUAGCAUGUUCUCAUAGGUUGAUAUAUAAUUAACUAAGAUUUCCGAAUUAUACGCCACGCCUCCAAAAAACUUCUUAUGCUAGGAGCGGUCAUCUCAUUGGACGAUUCUAAAUGUAAUUGACGUUUGAGCAAGAAUACUGGCAAAGGAUUGGAUAACUUUGAUCUCUGACGUCACUUUCCUGUGAUAAUUGCUCGAAACCAAAUACAGUACCGUUUCGUUCCUGCGGGGAACGAAACAAAAAAUUGAAAGUAACUUUUUAACUAGAUACAAAAAUUGUGAAGUAACUUUGUACUGGUAGCUUGUUACAUUUUUUAUGUGUAACUUUUUAUGCAGUGCAACAAGUCUGAUAUUAUAUCUAACUGAAGUAAUCUUUUUGUCUACAUUAUAUAGAUAAAAAUCCUACCGCACCCAGCCAAGCACAAAAUGAAGAUUUAAGUAAAAAAGCAUCCCCAGAGGACAAAAAAGAAAACUCGUCCUUGGGAAAUCAAAAAUCGAAUACAUCAAACGAAGCUACAGUUAUUGACAGCACAUUCGGCGACAAUACUACAGCAGUGCAGCAGAUGGGUUAUAUUCCUAGCUUAGGGGUUUAUUCUGAUUCUAGUGACUCAGAAUCCUCAUCAAGUGACUCAGAUAUUCUGCCGUCGUUGUUCAGCAACUUCACUUCAAAAGCUAAAUAACCUAAGUAAAGUCUUAUAGAUGAGUCUUAGAGAUGAUAAACUUAUAUAGUAUAUCAUCUCACGACAUCUGAGAUAAACAGAACCCUUGCAUGAAUGCAUGUUCAUGUGGUCUAAAUAUCAAUUGAAACUGCUUUGGACCAAAUAAUUUGGUAUGCACGACCUCGCGUCGCAGGCUCGCAACUUCCAUGCUGUUAUCCAUUUAAGCGGCAAUGUGCCCCCACAAGGGCAGGGGUUUCGAUCCUAUCAGAAGUUCCACAUGCACGUUCACAAAUGAUAAUAGAUGAACGCAAAAUAAAAAAAGGUUCAAUAAAAUGGUCACUUGUCACAAUCGUUUCGAUAUAAUUAUUAUAUCACCGUCUCUCACUGAGGAUCCAACAUAAUACAAAACUACAAGCCCACAAUAUCUAUUUGUUAUUGUCAGUUGUCACGCUGCCC